UCUGCCGCCCCCGGCCCGAGAUGCAGUUGUUUUUCAGUGGUGGCGUUUACCUCCAGCAUUGUUCAGUGAAGUGCGCUCCAAACGCCGUAACCGCUGCUGUGUGCACUGUGUCGGAUCAAAAGAUUAGGAUCUGAACAAUGGACAUCCAGCUGGGCGCUCUGUUUGGCUCUAAGCUGCGGCUUUUAUUUCUUAUAAUAAACAUCACAGCACGUAGAACAGCGCGCUCUAAUUUUUUUUCUUUGCUUAAUUCCGUUCCAUAAAUCUAAAAAAGUGCACAUGUGUUUAUUUUUUUUGCUUUAGUAUGUAUUGAUGCAUGUGAAGUAGAGACAACAACGAAGCAAACAAUGAAAACUAAAGAAAUCAAACGUGUCAUUAGCUGUUUAUCGUGUGCAGAUUUUAAUUUAUAUAGUGAUGAAUAACCCGGAAGCUCAAACCCAUGCGACUUUUCACUUGCCUGGCCAAGACCCAAUACUUUACUUUAGCGUGUGUAUUGCAACAGUCCCUAUAUUUGCACCUGCAUGGACGUGAGCGUUAACAUGUAACAAAGUAACUAGAGAUUACUACGCAUGGGGGGGGUGUCUGUCCACGUCACAAUUCAGCCCUCGCACGAAGUCGGUGACGGCAGUCUUGUUUUAACAGUUGGUGACAUGACUUCCAGGCAGUGUGCGCGCGGUGUUGAUGACCACGUGACGAUGGUCCGCGCAGUCCAAACGCGCUCCGCUGCACCGGGACGAAUUAGAAAGCCUCUGUUUGUGUCUUUGCGCCAGCGCCAUGGGGUGGCCGUGCUCCUCGUGCUCCUCCUGUGCGCGAGCUUGUUCCUCGUGUACAACGGCGGCUUCAACGGCGCUUCCAGGGACGCCAACGACACGCGCGUCCGGCAGCACGAACAGCUGCGGCGGCCCACGGAAGCCUCCGUCCGGCUGGCCAAGCCUCAUCCGCCGCUCCUCCAGGGAUACAGCGGCAUCAUCGACCAUAAGCCUCCCAGGAUGCACUGCCAGACCUGCGCCCUCGUGACCAGCUCGGGUCACCUGGUAGGCAGCGGUCGCGGCGACGAGAUCGACCGGGCCGAGUGCGUCAUCCGCAUGAACGACGCCCCCACCGCCAGGGGCUACGCCAGGGACGUCGGGCGGCGCACCUCCCUGCGCGUCAUCGCCCACUCCAGCAUGCAGAGGGUCCUGCGGAAUCGCCACGAGCUGCUCAACGCCAGCCAGGACACCAUGUUCAUCUUCUGGGGGCCCAGCAGCUAUAUGAGGCGCGACGGGAAGGGCCUGGUGUACAACAACCUGAGGCUGAUGAACCAGGUGCUGCCCAAGCUCAAGGUCUACAUCAUCUCCUGGCAGAAGAUGCUGCAGUUUGACGAGCUCUUCAAGAAGGAGACUGGCAAGGACAGAAGAAUAUCAAACUCAUGGCUCAGCACCGGCUGGUUCACUAUGACCAUCGCCCUGGAGCUGUGCGAUAGGAUCAAUGUCUACGGCAUGGUUGCACCUGACUUCUGCAGGGAGCCCCAGCACCACUCCGUCCCUUACCACUACUACGAGCCCCGCGGGCCGGACGAAUGCGCCAUGUACAUCUCCCACGAGCGCGGGCGGCGGGGCAGCCACCACCGCUUCAUCACGGAGAAGCGGGUCUUCGCCAACUGGGCGCGGACGUUUGACAUCCACUUCUACCAGCCGGACUGGAGUCCCCCGCCUCUCCCGGCUAACGGGACGCUGGAGGGGAGCGCCGCGCCGACGCUCCCGGCGCCCCCGAAGACGUGACCUGUGUCACCCGCGGGUGAAGAAGAUGCUUUGCAGGUUCAUCUGAGGAAGACCGAGGAUUGGGAGUGUUUGUAUUAAAAAGGGCUACUGGGACCUUAACAGAGAGGAUAAAAAAACAACAAAUAAAACAUGAAGUGGGCCAGAAGAAAAGUUAGGACAGAUGAAGAGUCUUGUUGUUCCCUCUGGACAUUUGCUAUGAACGUUUCUCCAGCUCCGCCACUGCAUCUCCAGCAGUGUGCUUUGUUAACUGAGCUGAACCAGCUCAACGUUGUACGACAUUGUUAUGUAGGUUUAUACAAGGAAGCAACGUCAUCACACUCCACUCUCAAUGCAUGCAUGCAGUGUCUUACUGUGGAUACGCUUUGUGUGUAUGUGUGUGUGUGUGUGUGUGUGUGUGUGUGUGUGUGUGUGCGCCGCAGAGAGUACAAGCGGCUCAUGUUCUGGCUCUCCCCGAGUUGGAUGAAGGAUCCAUCCAGGACUCCACGCUUACAUUUCACUCAAUGAAAAGCAUCAUUACAAUGCCUGUAAUCUAACAAUGUAGUGCUGGAGACAGUGUGAACUGAAUACUUAUAACAACGUGGUUCACUUUGGCAAAAGAUCGAGGAGGUCAAGUUGAAUGAGAUUAAUUAUUGAGAUUCCUGUGUCCGGUUAACAAAGGCUCAAACUCCUAAAAGGCUGAAAAGAAAAUCCUCCUCGGCCCCCGUACGGAAGUGUCAGGAGGCUUUGUCAGCUCCUGUCACCGCUUAAUUGCUUGAUUUAGUGAGCCGCAAGCCGCAUUUCCAUGUAAAUGCGCAGCCAUGUCACACAAGACAAGUGUGAGAUUAGAAUCGAGAGCAGGGAUGCAGCCGCCUCAUCCAUCCUGCUAUACAGCAUUCAUCUGCCGCCGAGCAGGAGAAUUACACCGGUUUCCCGCGUGUGAUCCGUCAGUCGACUCUCGCUCUCCUCGCUGUGUGUUUUUUUUUAUUUUUAUGUGCACUCUUCUCUCAUUUGAUGGAGUACACGCAGCUUCCCGACCGCUCCUUCCUCCACCCCCCCCACCACCCCUCUUCUCUUCAUGAAUAAAAAUCAGGCGUCAGUGUGGAGAAAGACGUGUGUUUAACUUAAUGAUUUAUCCUGGUGCUAAGUUCCCAUUGAUUUUCCCCUCAUCGCUGCAAUGUGAGUAAUGAGAGGAGGGAUGCUGUGCGCCACAGACAUACGUGCUCACACCACCACAGCGUGUUUGGUGUCACAUUUCCUUGGCGGAGACAGGGAAGCGAUUCCAGAUCGUAUACAUCCCGAACCGCUGCAGGGGUCCAGCUGCCGCCUUUGGGCUGUGGUUGCGCUUUUUUUCUAGAGACCCAUCUGCGAAACGGUCUGUUUUAGCAGAGAGAUGAGCACUCAAACAUGUCUGUGUUUUUUGCCUAAUGACUGAGUCAUAGUAUGUUGUUUUGCAGCCAUGUGCUAUUUUCAUUUUAGAUUGUUUCUUUAAAAUGUAGGGAAACGGUCCCCAAAAAAAAUGCCAAUCACAAAUCCCCUGAGCCCGAGGUGAUAUUCGCACUUUUCAUCUUUGUCUUGUACAAACACAACGAAUAUGUUCAAUUUGCAGUGAUAUGAAACCGACUAAUGACAUGGCAGAUGAUUCACGCAUUGCUGUUGUUAAUCUGUUAUCUUUUCAUGUCACGCAUUAUCAAAAUGUAUCAUCCUACUCAAUAAAACACUUUUUAUCAGUG